AUGUUUCCCCGUUUUGGAUGGGUUUUCUGCUUGGCUUUCGGUUGUCUCCCCCUGGUUUGGAGUUCGUGUCCAUCUCAGUGCAGCUGUUUUUAUCACAAGCUGAGUGAUGGAUCCAAGGCCAGGAGCGUUCUUUGCAAUGACCCUGAGAUUUCCCUGAUACCCGCCAAUUUCCCCGCGGACACUUCCAAACUUCGAAUUGAGAAGACGGCAGUGAAGAGGAUUUCAAGCGAAACAUUUCAUUACCUCAACAAUUUGGAAUUCCUGUGGAUGUCUUUCAAUUCUCUGUCGUCAUUAAAUGCGGACAGUUUCCGUGGUUUGUAUAACCUAGAGGAACUAAGACUGGAUGGCAAUGCCCUCACCUCUUUCCCGUGGGAAUCUUUAAGUGACAUGCCCAGUCUGCGGCUUCUAGAUUUGCACAACAAUCAGAUUGCGUCAGUUCCAGUUGAGGCAACAAUUUACAUCAAAAACUUAACCUAUCUGGAUCUAUCAAGCAAUAACCUAAUGACUGUUCCGUCAGAGGUCCUCUCGACAUGGUUAUCUGUAAAGCCCACCCAAGAUGCAGAGAAUCCCAAAAUGAUUCUAGGUCUCCAUGACAAUCCCUGGGUUUGUGACUGUCGGCUGUAUGACCUGGUCCAGUUCCAGAAGUCUCCCUCAUCCUCUGUGGCUUUCAUAGACACCCGGCUGAGGUGCUCGGAGCCGGAGAGCCUCUCUGGGGUGCUGUUCAGCGACGCAGAGCUGAGGAGGUGUCAGGGCCCCAGGGUUCACACCGCCGUGGCCCGUGUCAAGAGCGCCGUGGGCAACAACGUCCUGCUGCGCUGCGGGACCAUCGGAGUCCCCAUCCCGGAGCUCUCCUGGAGGAGGGCGGAUGGCAAGCAGAUGAACGGGACAGUUGAGCAAGAGGUCUCGAAGGAGGGAAUAAUUUGGUCCAUUUUGAGUGUACCGGCUGUCUCACAUCGCGACUCGGGGAAAUACAUUUGCCAAGCUACCAACUUCAUCGGGAGCGCAGAUGCCAUCAUUUCACUGGUUAUAACAGACACAGUAAAGUCAGAAAAUCUAACAGGCAACUCUAAAAGAUCCAGGGGGAAGAAACCAAGUGGGAUCGGAAAGGCAGCCUACCAGGAAAAACUGGUGGCGAGGUACAUCGCCCCAACAACCACUGCAGCCAUGCCCAUCAUUGAACCGUUAGGAGAAGCCGGGCCGUACCCAGAAAUAGAGAGCUACAGUGUCUCUGACAGCGCUACAGACGGGCAAACAUCCAGCCCAGCCAACAGCGAAGGGCUGCUGGAGGUGGAGAACGCAGUGCUGAGCAACCUGGCUGCGAACGCCUCGUCCCUGCAGCAGGACCCCGAGAGAAGGGUGGUCAGGUCGGUGAAAGUGAUCGGGGACACCGACCACACUGUCUCCCUGAACUGGAGGGCGCCCACGGCCACGAACACCACGGCCUUCAGCGUGCUGUACGCCGUCUUCGGAGAGAGAGACAUGCGCAGAAUCAACGUCGAGCCGGGCAAGAACAGAAUCACCAUCGAGGGCUUGGUGCCAAAGACAAAGUACAUCGCCUGCGUGUGCGUCAAAGGACUGAUACCAAAAAAAGAGCAGUGUGUAAUCUUCUCAACAGAUGAGGCGGCCAGUGCGAGUGGGACCCAAAAGCUCAUUAAUGUAGUUGUGAUCACUGUUGCCUGUGUAAUAGCUGUCCCUCUUACGCUCAUUGUCUGCUGCGGGGCGCUAAAGAGACGCUGUCAGAAACUGCUGGGAAGAAAAUCGAAGGACAUUCAGGACUCUUAUGUCACCUUCGAAACUCUGUCCCCUGGAACAAAGGCCAAGGGUCUGGAGGGUGAAUACUUGACGAGGUUAAACCCAGAUGAGUCCAACCGGCUUCUAUCAGCCAGGUCCAGCGUAGACUCAGAGGCCACGGCCAGAACAGAGGGACAGCCAAAUGAGUACUUCUGUUAA